GAUUUUGCUCAAAGGAGGAGACGAGUGCAGUGAAAAUCCUGUCCUCUGCACAGUCAUGGCCUCAAAGUUCAAUCCAAACGUCCUUUAUGUCCGGGAGCCCCGGGAGUCCCUGACCUCUCCAGACCCUCAAGUCGAGGCGGGUGACGAAUCAUCAGACAGUGACGGCGAGCCUGAAGAGACCUCGCAACUCAUCCGAAAAGUGUCCACCUCUGGACAGAUUCGAGCCAAGAAGAGUGUGAAGGAGGGUCUUCUGCUCAAACAGACCAGCUCUUUUCAGAGGUGGAAGCGGAGGUAUUUCAAACUGCGAGGAAGGACGCUUUAUUAUGCCAAAGAUUCAAAGUCUCUCAUUUUUGAUGAGGUGGACCUGUCAGACGCCAGUGUGGCCGAGACCAGCACCAAGAACAUCAACAACAGUUUCACAGUCAUCACUCCAUUCCGUAAGCUGAUGUUGUGUGCGGAGAGCAGGAAGGAGAUGGAAGACUGGAUCAGUGCUUUGAAGUCUGUACAGAAAUGGGAAACAUACGAGGCCAGUCAGUUCAACAUGGAGCACUUCUCCGGGAUGCAUAACUGGUACGCCUGCUCUCACGCUCGUCCCACUUUCUGCAACGUGUGUCGAGAGGCUCUGCCGGGUGUCACCUCUCAUGGUCUCUCCUGUGAAGUGUGUAAGUUUAAAGCCCACAAGCGCUGUGCCGUACGAUCCACCAACAACUGUAAAUGGACAACUCUGGCAUCUAUAGGAAAUGACAUCAUCGAGGAUGAGGAUGGAGUGUCAAUGCCUCACCAGUGGUUGGAGGGAAACCUGCCUGUCAGCGCUAAGUGUGUGGUGUGCGAUCGAAACUGCGGCAGCGUCCGGCGACUACAGGACUGGCGGUGUCUCUGGUGCAAAGCCAUCGUGCACAACAGCUGUAAGGAGCAGUUGGGGAAGGUUUGUCCUCUGGGUCAGUGUAAGGUCUCCAUCAUUCCACCCACUGCACUUAACAGCAUCGACUCUGACGGCUUCUGGAAGGCCACCAGUCCAUCCUGCUCUAGUCCUCUUCUGGUGCUGGUGAACAGUAAGAGUGGAGACAACCAGGGUGUCAAGUUCCUGCGCAGGUUUAAGCAGCUCCUGAAUCCAGCGCAGGUCUUUGACCUCAUGAACGGCGGCCCACAGCUGGGGCUUCGUCUCUUCCAGAAGUUUGAGACAUUUCGUACCCUGGUGUGCGGUGGAGAUGGGAGUGUGGGCUGGGUUCUUUCUGAACUGGACAAACUCAGCCUGCACAAACAGUGUCAGCUGGGCGUGCUGCCGCUGGGCACUGGAAAUGACCUGGCGCGUGUGUUGGGCUGGGGAGGCCUGUGUGACGAUGAUGCUCAGCUGCUGCAGAUACUGGAGAAACUGGAGAGAGCAACAACUAAGAUGCUGGACAGAUGGAGUGUGAUGACCUAUGAAGUGCCCACCAAACAGACUCCAGCAAUCGUAAAAGAGGACGACCCAUCAGAUUGCCCCCUACAGAUUACACAAUAUGCUGAUUCUGUUGCCACUCACUUGACUAAAAUCCUGGACUCCGACAAACACAGUGACGUUAUUUCAUCUGCCAAGUUUCUGUGUGGAACAGUUAAUGAUUUUGUGGCCGAGGUCGGCAAAGCUUAUGAACGGGCCACCGAGAACAAGGAGGAGGCCGAUGCCAUGGCAAAAAAGUGCGCCAUGCUGAACGAGAAGCUGGACUCGUUGGUUAAGGCUCUUAGUGAAGAUGCCAAUGCUCAGCUGGUGCCAGCCGGGUCUAUUUCUCCAGAUGACAGCGACACGGAUCAGUCCAGACCCUUCAGAUCUAGAGAGCAGCUAAUGUUGCGGGCCAACAGCCUGAAGAAAGCACUCCGACAAAUCAUAGAUCAGGCAGAAAAAGUGGUGGAUGAGCAGAACAGACACACGCAGGUACAAAGAAUGUCUUCCACCUCGUCAAUCAAAAGAGGCAGCAGUGAGGACCUCAAGGAGGCGGAGCCACGUCAAACCACAUUGAGUCCAACCGCUACAACUCCUAUAUUACUGGAGAAGUCAGAAAGCUUCGGAACUGUGCUUUUCUCUGAAGAGUCUGUGCAGUGCACAGAGAAGUGUGUGAUGAAUAAUUAUUUUGGCAUUGGACUGGAUGCCAAAAUAUCUCUAGAGUUCAACAACAAGAGAGAUGAGCACCCCAAAAAAUGCAGUAGUCGCACUAAAAACAUGAUGUGGUACGGAGUGCUAGGGACCAAAGAACUGGUGCAGAAAACCUACAAGAACCUGGAACAAAGAGUCCAGCUGGAGUGUGAUGGCGUGUCCAUGUCCUUGCCGAGUCUUCAGGGUCUGGCUGUUUUGAACAUUCCCAGCUAUGCAGGAGGCAUCAAUUUCUGGGGAGGCACCAAAGAAGACAAUAAUUUUGGGGCUCCAUCUUUUGAUGAUAAGAAGCUGGAGGUGGUGGCUGUGUUUGGCAGCAUGCAGAUGGCAAUGUCUCGAGUCAUCAACAUACAACAUCACCGCAUCGCACAGUGUCGGCAGGUGAAAAUCACCAUUCUGGGUGAUGAAGGUGUUCCUGUGCAGGUGGACGGUGAGGCAUGGAUUCAGCCUCCAGGCAUCGUCCAAAUUGUUCACAGGAAUCGAGCUCAGAUGCUCACCAGAGACCGGGCCUUCGAGAGCACGCUGAAGUCAUGGGAAGACAAGCGCAAAGGUGACAGCCGGCCGUCUCGACCACGACUCAACUCCCAGCAGUCCAUGGAGUAUCUGACGGAGGAGGAAUGUGCUCAGGUCCAGCAGCUUGGCUUAGUGGCCGACACGCUCAUCAGCAGGAUUCGGGAAGUGGCGAAGACUCAUAAGGUGGUGGAGCAGGAACUGGCUCAUGCUGUAAAUGCCAGCGCUGCGGUCCUGAGCGAAGCAUUUCCUUCCAAACCCUCCAGUCCUGAGGGUUUGAGCCGCAGUACAGCUGUAGAUAUUGUCAACAGCAGUACAGUUCUCCAGCAAGAGACCAAGAUGCUCCUGGAGGGGAAACUGCUGCAGCUGGAGUCUUCUCAGAAAGAGGAGCUUCUGUCUACAGUGGAGAGUCUCAGCGCUGAAUUACAGAAGCUGGAGGACAUUCACUGGAUCUGUCCCAGCAUGCACUGCUCUGAGGAGGAAUCCUCCCGUGUGUCUGGGAAAAGCAGCAUGAAGCUGAAAAUCAUGCCCAAGGGGAAGAAAGAGAAGGAAAGGUUACACAAGCAGCGCUCUAGCAGCUCUCUGUCAGGAUCAUGGGAUAUCAAAGCCGGCGCGUGUGAUGUGGAUCCUGCAGGAAACUGAAGAGCUGGAUUGCUGUCAAGAGGAUACGCUCUGCCACGAGACGCUGCUUUACGCUCAGUGAGGAUGACCCGAGACCCCCGGUGCAGACGCACAUUGCCCACCUUUAGUGUUUGCAAGCUUAUUUUGGAGGGCGACGCGGCACUGCAUUACUGUGCUUCUGUUUGCUUUCUUCUCCGCCUGCGAUGAUGUCAUAGGAAGUGCUCACCAUCAGAGCAGAAAGUGGAGUGAUGAGUUCUCCUGGUUUUUUUAAUAUCUCGCUACUUUUGUUCUUUAUUUUUAGUAUUCAAGCCUUCAAAUACAAACUAUAAACUUUGUUCUCCAAAAAGACCCCGUCCCGUCGCCGUCUGAACAACAAGAAAGGAACAAACUAAAACGACUGUACUGAAAUGAAGACACGCACACACAAAAAAGGGAAUAUCCUGAUGAAUGAAUGUAUGGUGGACUUGUAGUAUUCGUCAAAAUGGUUCUAGUUAACCUGCAUCUCGUCUCUGUAUCUCUCUAUCAAAGACCAUCUAGGUUUCUGCAUGCCUUUCAUGCUCUUAUGCAGGAAAAAAAGGUCUACUUUUUUCUUUUUAAUCGAAUCGUCAGCCAAGUCGUGGUGGUGUAUCACUAGUGUGUCAAUUGAGCCGUUGUUCUAGAAGCUUCAGUGCCGUAACUCUUGUGCCAAGUGAGUAAAAUGAAGCGCAGUGGUUUUAAAGUGAGCUCUUUCUUUACUUUCUUUCUGCAGGGAAAAUCUCGUGUGAUGCUGUAUGUCGUAAAAACUAUUUCAAGAUGUAUUUUAUCUCGCCUUGCACUUUAAUAUAGUUUUAAAGAGGAAAAAAAAAUAAGCAGACUUAAAGGUUGAGUGUGUUUUGAUUUCUUUGGUAUGGAAAAUCGAUGAUGAGGUGUUACAUAUAAUCAAACUUCUGAAUGUUAUCCAGCUGCCGUCCCUGACAGAGGGCUCAGUCUGUAUAUGAGAAAACCCUGAGCAAAACUUGAUCUCAGCUAAUGUAUGGUUCACAACGGUGUUUAUCAGCACACUCCAAUGGUACGGUGUAACUCUGUUUAUUCCAUCAAAAGAAAAUACACACAAUACUGAACUACUUAAUCGUUUUCUUGAUAGUUGUGAGCCAAAGUCUAACAGUAUUGCUCAAAUAAGACAUCACAAAAUGUAGGAACGUUUAAUGGACAGUCAAGGUGCUGCUUAUGCUCAUAAAAGCUGGACUGUGUAUUUAUUACUAUUAUUUUGCAUGUUUUUGUUUUAAAGUUCCUCAACUUUGAUGAAAUGUUGAGUGCUGUUCAGUUUUGAUUAACAUGACGUAUACGUUAUUUGACCAUCUCUGUGUAUCAACGCAUAGAUUUAAUCAGGUUCAUAGUGAAAGGCGAUUAUUUUAUGAACAGAGUUUGUUUUUUUAUUUUUGAGAGUGAAAAUGAAUCAAAAUGGAAGAGGUAGAUGUUAUUUGCUGGUCAUUGUCGAGACUACUGUUUACUUUGAAGAUGUCUUAUUUAUCCUUUUAAUUUAAAAUACUUCUUGCCAUAUGGGUUGCAGUCAAGCUUCCAUGGCCUUGGACUCUGUUCGACUGACUGCAAUCACCCACUUCAGGAUUGUUGCUGUUGACUUGAUGCAAAAAUAAAGUGUGGCCAUUGCUGUUUGA